AUAAUAGUAACCAUAACAGUGACCGUGAUAUAAACCUAACUUUUAAUAACAAUAUUAAAUAUAAUCACAUAGACUCAUUUAUUAAUUUACUAUUCAUUCAUUUUGAUUCAAAAGCGAGCUCAAAUAUACAAAUCAAUUCACCCCUUCCCUUCCGCUCACUCAGCUCCCAGCUGGGCCUCCUUCUCCUUUCUUCAAACGGUUCACACUCCAGCGACCGGCCAUUCACCAACCACGGCCGCCGGCUUUUAAGGUCUGACCUACGGAAUCCUCCAUGAUACCAUUUUUUCUUUUCUUUUCAUUUCUUUUCUUUAUUUAUUUUUUUUGGUUGAGGAACUCCAUGACAGCAAUUGAGCGCAAACUAUCCUAUAAGUUUAAGAACAAGAAGCUGUUAGAAGAAGCCCUCACCCACUCCUCCUACCCCAACUCUGCCUCCUAUGACCGCCUCGAGUUCAUCGGCGAUUCUGCUAUUGGCCUCGCUAUUUCCAAUUACUUUUUCUCCCUUUAUCCGGACCUUGAUCAAGGCCAACUCACUUUACUUAGGGCUGCUAACGUUAGCACCGAGAAGCUUGCUCGUGUUGCAGUCCUCCAUGGAUUGUAUGAUUAUGUUAGGCGCAGCGCAGCCGAUCUCGAUGAUAACGUUAGAGAGUUUGCCGAUGCCGUCGCUCUAGAAGACAACUCAAUUCCCUAUGGUGGGUUGAAAAAGGCUCCUAAAGUUCUUGCUGACAUUGUGGAAUCUGUGGCCGGUGCUAUCUAUGUUGAUGUUGAGUUUGAUCUUCAAAAACUAUGGGCGAUUAUUAAGGAUUUGUUAAAGCCUAUCUAUACUCCUGAAGACUUAGAGGCAGAGCCCCAACCCGUAACUCUGCUCUUUGAAGUUUGCCAAAAAAAUGGGAAGCAGGUUGAUAUUAAGAAUCGGGAAAAGGGUUCCAGGAACGUCGCGAGUGUCUAUGUUGACGGUACGCCUGUUGCUUCUGGCUCUUCGAAGCAAAAACCAAUCGCAAGACUUAAUGCUGCCAGACAAGCUCUUAUCAUAUUGUCUGAUUCUAUGGAUACCAAAAUUAAAACGGUUGUAACUAUUGAUGGUAUUGAUGGUUCGGGUGAAAUUGAAGGGGCAAUGCAGAAGCUACAUGAUUUUUGUUCCAGGAAAAAGUGGCAGAAUCCAAGUUACAGUAUUGAGGAAGUUCUUGGACGCCCACAUGAAAAAAGAUUUGUUUGCUCUGUUAAAAUUUCCACUUAUAAUGGUACGCACUCUAUUAUCGGAGAUGAGAAGUCAAGAGUAAAAGAGGCAAAGAACUCUGCAGCCUCUUUGAUGAUUCGUAAUUUACAGGAAAGGAAGUAUCUCUAAUUUAUAUAUUAUUCAAUAGGGCAGAAUCUAGCAUAACUGUAUAGUAAGUUUAUGCUUUCUAAUGCCCUCGUUUUCCACGGAUAUCUUGGAGGUGGGUAUGUUGUAAACCAUUGUUCUACUUGCCUUUCUGAGUACAAGUUACUGUAUCAAAAUGUCUAUAUGGUUUGAAAAUAGAAAAAUUUGAGAUGCACUAUCGAA